GUUUAUUCGCUGUAUGCAAGUUUCGAUGUGAUAGAAAGGAAAAUAAGAAAAAAAGAUUAAUCUCGAACAUAUCAAACGAAAAAUGCCAGUGAAAUGGAGAAUAAUCUUUAAUAUUCGUGCUUUCCUUUCGUUUUAUAAAGGAAGUACACGAGUGAAACAUGAGUGAAAUAAUCCGAAAUAACAUGAGUGUUAAAAUAAUCAUAAAUGUGAAAAUAUUCAGUUCCAGUUCUAUAAAAGAUGAAGAAUUGUAUCGAUUUGAACCAAUCUCACGCCAUUGUGCCGCUGUGGAAUUUAAUAGAUCAUUUUGUGACUCUCCUAGUUCGGGUGUGUAGUUGUGAGCACAAAAAUAGCUAUGUAUGAAAUGUCAGAUAUCUGCGAAUGCGUCUGUGUGCACAAUCCUAACGCAACGAUCUGACAGUUCCAAAUGCUAGAGAGAAAAUAUCCUCCGAGAAAACUUCCAAAACUGAAGUAAAUUGAGCGAAGCUUUGAAAUCGUGCCGAAAAAACAGACACCAAAACUCCCAGUUCGUUUAACAUUCCAGAUGAAUUAGAUGCUUUGUAUUUAAACAGUUCAUUUGGAUUUUGCAAAAUAUAGUAUAAAAAAUGGCAUACAGCGCAGAUCUAUUCAGGUAUAUGGAUAGUGUAAAUGGAAAAUAUACGUAAACAAUAACGUAAAAGAUGAGAUAUAGUUGAAUGGAAAGAGGUAUAGAGCUAUUGUGUAAUAAUCUACAGGGUGAAAGUGUCUAACAGAACCUGAAUCUUCUAUUCUAACUAAUUGAAUAAUACUUUUUGCCACAUCCAGUCAAUUUGAGUAGAUAUUGCGGGAAAUUCAAACCCGUUCACAAAAUUGCUCGCGUAUAAUUAUUAACAAUCCCACUCAAAUAGGGCGGGCCAAUACAGGAUUGAAGAGCUCUCCUUCAAAUUCCUUGUGCGCAGUAAACAUCUUUAUUUGCUCAAAUAACUUUUUGCGAAAAUUUAAAUGUCGUUUUCUUUCUUUAAUAAUAUUAUACAUUACGAUAAUCGGCGAUGAACUGCAUAUGGAUUGUGUAAAUCAUGCAGGUAUGCAAGUCGCCAAAACAAAAAUAGUUCAAGCUGGUCUAAUAGUGACUAAAAAAUCUCUGUCAAGAGGAGAGGCGUUAUAAACAUCACUACGAAUUACCGAUAUCAAUAUAUAAAACCCUUAAAAAAUAAAAGGUGUGUGAAUGCAUUGUGACAUUGGAAAAACAAGAUUAUUUUGUCGUAAGGACUUCAGUCCAGCAUAUGUUUUGUGUGUGUCUGUGCAAUGAGCAAUCAAUGACUUUGCCAAAGAGCCAUUAAUAUACAGUGAUGUAUUUAUAACAAAUUUCAAUGUGAGAUGAAAGCUGGAGACCAUAUCAAAAUUACAAAAUGCGAAUGUUAGAUUGUUGUAUUAAAAAGGUGUGAAAACAAGAAUAUGUGCUUAGCCGGGACACAAACCAUUACCAAGCUAAAAAGAAUUCGGCAUUUUCUACUCUCUCUCGAGAGCUUUUUUCGGAAGAAGUCAUAAACACUAAGCCAUCGAAUAUUUACUGAAAAAUGUUGUUACCUACGUGUUUUAUUUUGAUUAAAAAGUGAAGAACGAAACAUGUGAAAUUAAGGCUAUAUUUAUUGCAAAAUAUAAAUUGUGCGAUCGAUAACAUAAUUACCUCUGGGAUCUGUGAUAUCAAUAUUAGUUUUUUGCUCGGUUAUAAUAUAAUUCAAUGUGACCCAUUCUAUUUAAUGUUGUUGACAAAGUUAUGCUUGUGAAUUCCGUCUAUUUACGUAGUAAAUCUACUAAAGUUGUCAGUGAAAACCAGAUUGUACAGGAUUUAAGCUGUAGUGCAGUGUUCGAUUGAUUUUUUUUAAAUAAUGUGAAUGAAGUGCUAGUUAUUCAACGCUACCAACCUUUGAUUAGUUUUGUUAGUUUUAACAUCACGCUCUACCAACAAUGGUACUCCCAUUCUGUUGCACAAAAUACUAGUUCAGCGUUUGGAUUACUUGAUGUUGCAGAAAUAAUACAUUGUCCGUCAUGUGUUAUAAAUUAUGCAUCAAAGUGGCGCUCGUACUUAAUUAGCUUUAUACGCAAAUGGUAUUAGCGGAUCGAGUGACCUAUAAGACUUAGAGAAAAACUAAUUGCUGAUCUUCAUGGUGAAGGAGCAGUAAAACUCAUAUGAUUGAAUUAAGUACAAAAUAGCUGCCAAUACGGCAGGGGGAAUUGUAAACUACAAGAUAUACAGAUUUCCAAUAAUUGUGCCCGCUGCCAAUCUCGUCUCCUAUCUGCUCAAUAAACGCCACAAAACGAAACGUUCCGCGAAUAAACGGCGUCGGAGUGUCCGUGGACAAACCCGAACGCCGUGUCUUGUUUCAAUUUUACCGAUGUCCACUAAUGAGCCGGACUCGGCAGGAACAUCUUCACAUGGACUAAGACGCCGCACAACGCAAGGUCUACUAAAGCACGCGGAAGCAGCAGCUACAUCUACAGCCUCUGCAUCGGAAGCAGAAGCCGCGGUAGCCGCUUUGGCUUCGAUGAUGGAACCACCAGCCAGCAUUAUUAUGAAAGCUGCUGCAGCAGCGGCGGCGGCAGCUGCUAAGGCUGCCGCCGGAUCUGUUACCACUAAAGAGGAACCGGAUUGUGGGGAGAUAAACGAUCGUGUCGCAUCUUCAGUUGAUUCUAGUAUGGACAGUAGCGCGCUAGCAAAUUGCCUUUCGAGCACAAUCUCAUCCUUACGUAGUUCUGGGAAUUGUAGCACUGGAAAUGGUGGUGGAGGUGGUAAUAUUAGUGGAGGAGACGACAACUUGUCAGACAAUUCAGAAUCUACAUCUGGAGCAACGACUACGACGUCGAGUACCGCAGCAGCUCAAUUAUUGGAAAAUCUCAAACAUAAUCUGAACCAUCAUAACCACAAUAAUAACAACUCAAGCGUGAUCAACAACAAUAAUCCACUUCACAUCAACAACAAUAACAACAACAAUGGCAACCGUAAGCUUUUUGAAUGUGAUGUCUGUAAUAUGAAGUUCUCCAAUGGAGCAAACAUGCGCCGGCAUAAGAUGCGCCAUACUGGUGUAAAACCGUAUGAAUGCCGAGUAUGUCAAAAACGAUUCUUCCGUAAGGAUCAUUUGGCGGAACACUUCACGACGCACACGAAAACCCUACCGUACCAUUGUCCAAUUUGUAAUCGAGGGUUUCAACGGCAGAUUGCAAUGCGUGCACAUUUCCAAAACGAACACGUUGGUCAGCACGACCUCGUCAAGACCUGUCCCCUAUGUAGCUAUCGGGCAGGUACGAUGAAAUCACUGAGAGUGCAUUUCUUCAAUCGGCACGGUAUCGAUUUAGAUAAUCCGGGACCUGGAACGCCGUCGUCAUUGCUACUUGCCCUUGAUCAACAUAACCCGGCAAACUUGUUGCCGGCGGCACUGGCAGCUAUGAACGCUGUCAAUGCCUCGUUUAGCGAUGGAAGUGCAGCAGCUGCGGCAGCUGCAGCAGCAGCCGAUUCUAUGCAGCGAUCAAUAGACAACGGCACACCGCCAAUGCACUUUCUAACCCCGCAUGUCGAAAUCUCGAUGGAUAAUGUGGAUGAUGACAACAGCUUACCACUUAACUGUAGUCGUGAUGGCCCCACCGGUACUGGAAAUUCCGCCGGAAAUCAACAGGAAUUACACCAAGGGAACUCCUCGCACAACGGAACUCCUAUGCUGCAUUCAAACGGGCCUAGCCCUGGUGGCAACAAUGAUCGCAACACACCGACAACAUCAUCUACAUCUGCAACGAUCUCUUCUGCGCUGGACAUUCAUGCAAUUGUGCGGCCAUCUAAUGGUGGAACACCAAAUGUAGCGUCAACUGGAUCUCCGGUUGGUUCGCCUCAUUCGGCAGAUUCAAACGCUCCUUCCAGUUCCCAAUCUUCAUCGUCGUCGACGACUAAUACGAUGCUUCCGACAUUAGUACAAAGCUCAAGGCAUAUUAUUUUUGAUAACCCUAUUACACCAUCGAUUAGCUUAAUACCUAUAAAGCAGGAACCAACAACGAACGAUGAGUACAACGAUAUUAAACCAAGAAGCAGUAAUAGCGCCGAACCACCCUCUUCGAAUAUCAGUCAUUCAUCGGAAUGUGUAACUCCUUCGUCUAGUUUGACAUCAUUAAUCAAGGUAUCACCAUUGAAGUCAUUGUUGCGAGAAGACCUAAAGCGAAGAAUUUCGGCACGUGCCACAACUCGUGCAACCAGGAACGGAAUACUGGCCAGUAGUUCACCCAUUCCGACUAGUAGUCCCAUUCCAAAUAGUUCAAAUACUGUUACUCCUGGAGCUACUCAGGAUAGUGGCAAUGGAAGCAACAGCUCGAGCAGCUCAAGUAGCAGCUCCAGCAGUAGCUCUAGUAGCAGCAGCAGUAUAGCCGCUAUUGCUGCCGCAACUACCUCAAAUGGCACCAUCACCUCCACCGGACAGGAAACCGACCUGCUACUAUCCCUGACCACCAAAUCGACACGAAACUUACAGUGUCUCUUUUGUGGCAUCGAGUUUCCGGAUCAAACUCUUUAUUUUCUGCACAAAGGAUGUCACAGUGAAAGCAACCCAUGGAAGUGCAAUAUUUGUGGAGAGCAAAUGAACAAUGUGUACGACUUCAACUCACACUUACUCAGUAAAAGUCAUCAAUGAUGUUAAGCGAGGGAAAGAGAAACAGUUUACUGGUGAUGUUUCUCUUUUUCUGAUCGCUUACUUAUCAUUGAACUAUCGUAAAUCUCACAAAUCGCCGUAAACUGUCGAGGGCUACCUUGAUUAAGAAACCUGGAUAAUGGCUUCCCUUCCAAGAACGCCUUGAAACGGUUGGAAUUGCAUCACUAGGAUCUACUACCAUUGUACAAGAAUCGUCCAGCGUACCUUUGUGUGUUGUACCAUUAGUAGUGCCGUACUACACAUAUUACGGCUGUGUGACUGCGUUCUGUAGUCCACAUUUCUUCAGGUUUCAGAAUGAUACAAGCAAUGGGUAAACGAACCAAUAGUAAAACGAACACGUGCCUACGACACAUAGCGAUGGCAACAAGCAUUGUUAUCGUUAUUCUAGUAGGUAAAAUUUGGCAGAUUUACAGUCCGUCCAGUAGCCUUUAAAAGGAAAUAGCAAAAUCGAAAGCAAAUAGGGAAAUUGAUGUGUAAUUUGAACAUCCUGUACGGUGUAAUGCGAGGAUAGAUAUUGAAACCAAAAUGGAUAGUAGACCAUAUACGAAAUGCAUGAAAAAUUGCUUAGUGGAAACCUCCAAGGACUCAUUAUUUUCUUAUUCAAAAUAGCAUCGCACAGCAUCGAGACUCUGAAACAUACAGAUUAUAGCCAAAGCACAAAUUAUAUGAAGCAGAAAAAGAAUAGUGAGUGGAACGAGAAACAGCAACAGGCGAUUGAAUCCGUUAUGUCUGUUAGCGGAACCCGACUAUCGGUUUUGUAACUGUUAUAUAUACAACACUGCAGUUGAUUUUGCAAUAUCCAGUGACUCAAAAUCACAACGCCUAAAUUACUAUCGGGCCAGAAAUGUAGCCAUAUUUUUAUGGUUACUAGGAAGUUUGCAACACCAGUAAACCAACUGCAGUGAUUCGUAUUUUAUUUUUAAAUUCAGAUUCUUUAACAUUCUUCGAAUCAUGAAGCUGAUCAAGUAGGAUGGAUAACCCCUGCGAGGAGUUAAAUCAGAGUACGUAAUAGCUGACAACUUCGAUAUUUGAAUCAAUUGCACAGUAAUGAUUCGGACCCUGGGACAGUAAAGAAUUCAAUUCAGGAAAUCAUCAUUUAUAAAUUUUAGUACCACCGUUGCGAAACCGAUUUCACUGUAAAUGAAAAAAAACGAAAAAUUCAAAGUAGAUUACAAUUUUUACUUAAGAAAUAUCCUUUUCCUGGCGUCACAAACCCUUACAUAUAGGUUUUCGGUUUUGUUUGUUAAGAUGUUAGAGGUUGAAAACAAUGUGUUGUUGAAAAUGUUUUGUUUGCUAUUGUUUUUUUUUCAAACCCAUGCUAAUAUGUAUGAUCCCCAUACAAGCAUCACCAUGAUUAGAAAAGCAAAACAUUCAACACGAUACAAUGUAAUACAAUUAGUCUUUUAAUGGUCGGUUCUGCACAAAAGAUCUUAAAAGGAUAUUAACUAAGUGUUUGUAUAAAGUGUGAUUCCUUUAUCCUAAUGCGGGCUGAAGAAGGUGUAGUAUACAGGUGUGUAAGAUGUGUACGAAUGGAUGUGCAUUGUACAUAUUUGUUGUGUGUGUGUGUGUGUGUGUGUGUGUGUGUGUGUGUGUGUGUGUGUCUGUGUGUGUGUGAUAUUAAAGAUGAAAUUUAUAUUUUGCUUCUUUUUUGUUACUGUUGUAGUAUGGUUUGUGUGUUCUGCUUUGUCGUUUUUUCUUGUCUGUUAUAAUCUGUAAUUUGCUUCAAAUAAUUUUCGUUCAACAUUUAUGCAAACCUGCUUAAAAAUAAAUAGUUCAUUGUACUUUUUGGUUCUUGAAAUUGAUUGGUUCUUGACUCCCAUUAUUAUGUAAGAAACUAGGAUAGCUGAAAUCAGGAAAUGAAAUAUGCAACAGAUAUAUUGUUCAAAUUUUACAAUAGAACAGUGUUGUUAUACCACAUUUGAAAUUGUGGAUUAUAUGAGCAACUAAACAGGACAAAAAUAUGAUUAUAUUUAUAUAAAAUCUUGUUGUUAUUAUAAAACGUAACUCAUAGAAGAAGUAUAGCAGAAACAGAGGUAAAAUGGUUGAUACAUAUUUUUCUUCUGUAGAUAAAGAUGUAAAACAAAUUAAGUAAUCCAAGAAGUGUUAUUUUCGUAUUUUUAUAGCUGCAUGUUGAAUAAACUAAGGACGACUUCUAAAGCAAAAAUUCAUCUCAUCACUCCUCCAAACUUGUUUCAGACUAAAUUGGUUCAACUGCUCAGCACCUACCUUCACUAGAAUAUAGUGAUAUAGAAAUAUCAAACUGGCAUGGAAACAAAACACUUAACAAGCUGCUUGUUGUGAAUGUGAAAUGUGAAUUAUUGACCAAAAACUCUCCGGCGAUAUCGACCAUAGACAAAUUAGCAAAUCUUGUUGCAACAUUUCAUUCAUUCAUUUCAUGUAAUUCAUUUCAUUGUUCAAAUACUUAUCGAGGUAAUUUCAUGGCAUACCAUUCUUGUGCAGCUGUGUACGAAUUUCUUAUGUAUACUUUAUCAAAAACAAAAAUAGUUAUACUAAAAUCUGUAUUUUUGUUUAGUAUCGAAUAAAACAUCUGCAAAAGCAUUUAGGAAAAAAACAAUACAACGACAUAAAAAAACAACUUGCUUGUGGGUCAGUGUUUAAAAGUAUUUCUUAAAAAAUAUUCAUGCUCAUCAAAUUUCAAAGGAAAACAACAGCUGUUUUUGUUUUUUAUAUAAUUCUGGAAUGAAUAAAACCACGUGAAAUGUUGUAAUAAAUCCACGAAACUUUGUAAUAUUUUGGGGCAACUCUAAAAAGUACAACAAACUCAGAGAACAAAUCAAGUUUAAAGAAGAAAAUAGGUAUUUUCUUAAAACUAGGCCAAUAGUUGAAUAGUUAGCUGAAUAAAAGAGUGAAACUAUUUUAGUAUUCUCCCUCAGUACCUUAACCUUAACACACUGUAAAUGAAAUCUAAAAAAUACGGAAAAAUUUAACAUAUUCCAUAUUGAAACACUUUACAUGUUUUAAAAUAAUUAUUCGGCUACCCAAAAAAUCACACCAUGGAUAAAGAAUAAAAAUGAAAGUAGUAUGAACAUAAUGUACUUGAUGAAAGAAGAACAACUAUACGGCUUGCAAACUCAAAUAUAAAUAAAACAUGAAUUUCAUUUCAAAGAUAUAAUUACUGGGGAACUAAAAGAAGUAGAUAACCAGACUAUGUACAAAACAAAAUUUUUAAUUUAAAGUACAGUUGAUAAAUGUCUCUCAAAAUUGUCUUGGUUUCUUCAAAGGGGUUUAUAAAAAGAUUGAGACACAAACCAAAAUUAACACUUCACUAAAGAGUGUGCAAAACAAAAAGGGAAAAAAACUAAAAAUCCGUAAGUUUAAAACAAUAUUGAUAUUUGCAAAUACUCCAUGACCUACCCAUGAUGUAUUACAAGCACGAUUAGUAGGCUUGUACCACCAAAGUAGUUCCAAAUAAAUAUGAUAUGGAUAUUAAAUUUAAAAAAAUGCUAUUCGAAAUAAUGCAGUUCAAGCAGUAGUAAAACAUUAACAGCAAUUGUCUUCUUAUUGCUUGAUACAAAUAAUUCAUCUCAAUUUAAAAGUUAUAUCUUUCAAAAAUCUUGAUAUAAUUCUGAUCUAAAUGGCGAAUAUUUCAUUCCUAAAUAUUCAAAAUUUAGCAGUACUCUGAUAAACGUUGGAAUAUGUAUGGAAAAGACAUGUUGGUGCACUUCUUUCUUCUUCUCACGAAACAAAAAAAAAACAAAAUACAUUCAUACCAAAUCCUGUUCAAUUAAAAAUUCUAGAAUGUUGUGAAUUUAUUCACUAAAAAUAUUCGAAAUUAAUCAAUUUGAAUAAAUUUCCAUUUUUCCUACAGUUCAAUUUGUAAAUAACACACGCAUUUGCAGUUUGAUCUAAUGGGCAGCUAUAUCAAUCAAUCUUUAAAAAACAGUUACCGUUGUGCACCAUGUUGCAAGUCAUAUUUAUGUCAACAUACACAUUUGCAAAUGAAAUGAGUUUUGCUAAAGAGUAAACAACUUCAAAAAUAGCUGAUAGACUGUCGAAAAAAGCUGUCAACAGCAUUACCUGAGUGUUUUUUUUUAAUGAAACAAGAAAUGAUAUGAAUUUCAAUUAAUUAUAUAUGAUGUAGUGCGCUACAGUAGCGGUAAAGAAAGAGAAAAAAACGACAACAUAAAUGACCGGUACUUUGACAUACAAAACACACAAAUAUUAAAGCAAGAUCAUGGGUAAAAUUCUACAAUAGCUUCAAUUUCCAUCGCAAUAACUAUAAAAUCAAUAGACGACGCAGAUUAAUCAACCAAAAAGGGUGCCUUUAAACAAAAGCAUGUAUAAAUAAUGAAAAAUUGAAACAAAAGCCUAGUACACAAGCUAUAAAAUCAUAUUAUACUUACAAAUUUUAUUUAUAAAGAAAACAAUAACUUGCUUCACAAAACACCUGGUUGAUGAAGUAGGUUUUAUGGUUAAAUGUCCAAACUGAAAGAAACGCAGGCAACAUACAACAACAAUAGCUUAGACAGAUAAAAUUCAAAUAGAUGGGCAAAAUAAAAUAUUUUGACGCGGAUACAUUAUAAGGCUAUCAUAUAGAUUGAACCAAAUCAAAACAGGCAAACGGGAAUUAAGUGCAAAAUGAAACAAAAAUAAACAAAGAGCGAAUUAUAGUCAUGCGAAUAUGAAGAAUGGCAACGAAUAGCAAUUAAAAUAUUCUGUUGGUAAUGUGAACAAAUUCGUAGAUAGACAAAUGUAUUUCGAAUUGACAUAGGAAGAAACAACAAAGCACUUAGGCGUAAUGAAAUUAAUAACAACAACAGAAAUUCAACAUUGUUUCUUUUAAUCAAACCGUGCAAUGAACAGUUUAUUGUUGUGAAUGCCAUGCAUAGUAAAACAUAUAGGACCGUGAGAGUUGUGUUGUAACUUAGUGUGAAAACAGUGAAUAGGCAUAAAGGCUUAUGUGAUACAGCAUAUACCAGGAAUUAUGGAAGAAGGAAGCAAGAAAAUAAUAUAUGCAGCAAAAGCAUAAAAUGAAUAGUAUAUGGAAAUGUUUUAACACAAAUUCAGGCCUUACAAACAUAGCAGACAUAAAUACAAGAACAACCCAAAACUUUGAUCAAUCUUUUCAUUAUAUCUUCUGAACAAACUAAGCCAUACGGGAUAGUACAUACAAUUGUGCCGGUGUAAUUGACGAGAAAGUGGAACAUAUGUAAAUUAUAAACUUUAAAGAGAAACCAAAUAACUCAUGCCGUAAUACCUCAACAUACAAACAAAAAUGCAUACCAAUGCAGAUAUUAAAACGAACCAGAAAGAAGAAACUGAAAGUGAGAUAAACUAAACGGAAUGAAUUAAAAUUUUACCAACCUAGAUCAUCAAAAUAAUGUAUAAUUAUGCUGGCGAUGAAUUCAACCCAAAAACUACAAUUAUAGUUUUUGCAAACAAAAAAAAACUCCUCUACACGUACUUUUUAUGUAUAUCACCAGGAAACGAUCAUAAAAAGACAUUACAUAAUGAUCUUCAAUGUUUCUCGUCAAUGAAUGGUUUUCGACAACACUAUUCAAACAAAAAAAUAAUUCAACUCAAGCUAAGUAACAGUGAUUAAAAAGCACACAAAAAGCCACGAUAAGAUGUGAACAAUUUAGAAAUACAAUUUUUAAGGCAAAACGGUGGCAAAAACAGACGUAAUUAUUACAUUCCAACUUCAUGUGAUUCAAAGAAAUGUUGUUUAUAGGUUGUAAUACGUGCAAUUAUGUUAUAUGAAUAGAAUUACAGAUACAGAUACUAUUUGUUUGUCUUGUAGGAGAAUGAAGGUUUUGAAAUAGCUGAUUAGAUUGCUUGGUUUAUUAUUUUGGUGUUACUUUUCUGCACUGCACGUGUAUGAUACUGCAGUAAAAAUUGCGCCUCUGAUGUUUGAAUUAUUAUUCUUGUGUUAUUUUGUUAAUUACGUUUUGUUAUAUUUCCUGUUGCUGCGAUGACCCUACAACGUAAUGCGAUGUCCCUGUUUAUUUUUCUUCUUAUAUUGUACAUUGAAUGCCAAUAAUCUUUAAUAUUCUAUUAAGUAGCUUCCUCAUUGCGAUUGAUAAACCUACAAUUGUUUUGAUUUUGAUUUGAUUUUUUUUUACUAUUUUUCACUGUGAUGUUUUGCUCGUGUUAACAUAAAAUGUAACAGUAAUAUUUACGAUUUGGUACCUUUUUUUGGUUUUGUUUGUGUGAGUUUCAAUUUUUUUUAUUAAGGCCCUGUUCUUGUCGAUUUCAUCAACAUAGGUGAAAAAUGAAGUAUUGUUGACUCCUGAACAUUAUGAAUAUGAAGCACACUGGAUAAAUGAACGUAACCAUAAGCUAGAAAGUUACAAGCUUACGUAAAAGCAUAACAAAAAAAAAGAUAUUAGCGUGUGUGAGUUUUUGUUACUGACAAAGCAAUUGAAAUAAAACAAAUCCUUAGUGAACAAAAAUGUACCUAAUUGAAUGCUAGCCGAAACGAGAAAAAGCAAAACACAAAUCCCAAUAUAUUUAUGUAGUUUAUACAAGCUCAUGUAAUGUUAUUGAAAGAUGGUCUUAGCACAAUAAUGUUGCUCUGAAACGCAAAUAACAAACAGCGAUUAUUAACAGAACAGAUGUGGGAAUCGCUAUUAGCAGAACAGCAUAAACCUACGUCAUGAGGUUAUGCAAUGCCGUACAUACACAAAUUCUAUAGUACACCAUUCUCAAAGAUACGCGUUAUAUAAAAAAUUGGACACAUGCAAGUACAUAGCACACACACACACAUACACACAGGCACACACAGAC